GGAAAGGUCGGAGGAUGUUAUUGUAGACAGCAAUGGAAGUUGAGAAGAGCGCAGAGUCGAACAAGAAAUCCAAGAAUAACAGAGACAAGAAGAUGACAAGGAAAGAGAUAUUGGAAAAGAAGAAGAAGGUGCAAGACAUAAUCAAAGCUGCAGUUUCUCAGAAAGACCCUUUUUCUUCCUUCCCAAUUUUUCGCCAUUACAAGAAAAAGGAUUUGUCUGUGUACUUGGACUCGGGAUGCGGAGAUAGCCUUUCUUCUCCAGUGAAGCAGUAUAUUCAAAAUCUCCUCAAGGUGAAUAUGGAGGCAUCAUAUGGAACAGAGUGGCCUGUAGAAGAGAAGGUGAAGCGCAGGGAGAUGGUUUCUUCUGAAGCUCGUUAUAUAUUUGUGUAUGAGAUCUCAAAUGUGGAUGCCAACAUUACACUCAAAUUAUCAAAGAAAGGAAGGUGUAAUGCAGACGGUAUGGAUGAUAAAGGUCAUCUUGUGGCUUUUGUACAUUACCGCUUCACCAUCGAGGAAGAAAUUCCUGUUCUUUAUGUGUAUGAAUUACAGCUUGAACAUCGUGUUCAGGGGAAGGGGCUGGGGAAAUUCUUAAUGGUGCUAAUUGAGCUGAUUGCUCAGAAGGGCAAAAUGAGUGCCGUGGUGCUAACAGUACAGAAGGCAAACAUGAUAGCAAUGAACUUCUAUAGGAAUAAACUAAGGUACCUGAUAUCCACUAUGUCACCCUCACAGAUGGGGUUACAGACAACUUAUGAGCUUCUUUGCAAGUCAUUUGAUUAUGAAGCUAAAGCUGGAUUACAGGUGGCGGUGAAGAUAAAUGAUUGCAAGGUGAUUCGGAGUCCAUUUGUGAAGCAUCUUACAAAGUUUUUGCCUAUGUCAGCUUGACGACGUUGAAACCUGUGAGGAGGUAGCACAAUGUGAAUUAUUAUCUAAUAGAAAUUGCAGAGUAGUAUCAUGUUCUGGUUUUGUUAUUGAUCUUAGUUUAUUUAUUGAUUAUUAGGUCUUAAGCAUUUUUGUCAGACAACUACCCAAUGUAUUUGCCAGACAAGUUGUAUUAUCACUACCUUUAUGUUCUUUAU